AUGGAGUCGCUGAAACGCAAGCACGUCGUCUUCGACGAGGAUAAUGCCGACUCAGGGCCAUCCGAACUCGCUGGCGCUGGCGUGCACCCCGACCGUGCGGCUGUUGUAGCUGCUGCUGAGGGCGCGGCCGUGAAGAAGCCAAAGGUCAAGUCCGAGAAGAAGAAGCGAUACCUUGCGAAGAAGGCGCGGAAACAGCGAAAGCUCAAGAAGGCCAAGAAAGCUGCCGCGCCGAAGAACCGGAUCUGGACCGGCGAGCCCGGCCAGGAGGACGACAGCGACGACGACAGCGAUGGCGGUGAAAGUGACGACGAGGAGCCGAAGCCGUCAACAUCAACAGCUGUCGAGACCCCGAAACCUGCUCCUCAACCUCUCGUGAAGAAGGCAAAGGCGAAGGACGGCAUCGUCGAAGGUGGCCCAAUGACGGAGGAGGAGAGGGCGGCGCGCAAGGCCGAGAAGCGGGCGAUCCGCGACGCACGAAGAGGAGACCGUCAAGCUAAGCGUGCGGCUGAGCGGGAAGCCAAGCUGAAGGCUGCCAAGGAAGCCGAGGAGAAGGCCAAGCGGCAGCAGGAGGCUCAGGCGAACGGGGCACCCGAAGAGGAAGACUCGGAAGAAGACGACUCUGAGCCCGAUGACGAGCCGAUGGAGGACAAUGGGGAGCCGAGCGACCACAGCGAGGACGAGGAGGAGAAGGAGCCUGCCGACAUUCCCGACCUUCCGCAUCAGCGAACACCGUCUCCGGGACUCGAGCCCUUCCCUCUGCCCCGGAUGGCUCCUGCGCCAGCACCCGAGGUGCUUGACCGACAAGGUCUGCCCGCGGGACUGGAGGACGCCAACUUCAUCGAGCAGGAUCUGCGCAUGCCCUUGAGUGAGCUGACUGAGACGACGCCGAUCAGCGAGCGAACGCAGAAGCGGCUAAAGGAUCUCGGCAUCUCCGAGUUCUUCGCGGUGCAGACGGCGCUGCUCCCCAAGCUGCUGCGCCUGCCCCUGACGCCCCUACCUUUCGAGAAGCUCAGCGACUACCUCGUCUCUGCGCCGACCGGAUCCGGAAAGACGCUCGCGUACACUGUCCCCAUCGUCGAGAUUCUCAGUAAACGCAUUGUCACCCGCCUGAGGGCUCUCAUCGUGCUCCCGACACGAGACCUUGUGACACAGGUGAAGGAGACUCUCGAGGAGGUCAGCAAGGGCUCUGGACUGACUCACUCGUUUGCUCAUGAGCAGACGUUGCUCGUUGACGGCGCUCAGUCCAAGCUGGACAUCCUGAUCGCGACGCCAGGAAGGCUCAUGGACCAUCUCGCUAUGACAAAGGGCUUCACGCUGCAGCACCUGCGUUUCCUGGUGAUCGACGAGGCGGACCGAUUGCUGAGCUCAAGCUUCCAGAACUGGCUCUCACAGGUUCUGGACCAGUGUCGACCGCACAAGCAUGCGAACGGCGAGGAGCUCGCUGGCUCCCAAGUCGCGCUUGCGUGGAGCGAGCCGAUGGGAUUGUCGCGGGGCGACUUUGAGGGCAGCCAGGUGAUUCCGAGUAGUAAACUACUGUUCUCGGCUACGCUUACGCGUGACCCCGCCAAGGUCGCUCAGCUCAACCUCACCUCGCCAGAGUACUACAUCGUCUCAUCGACGCGCUCGAUCACGCAGAUCGGACAGGCGUUCGAGCUCCCCUCGUCCCUGACCGAGCGCUCGAUCAUCCUCCCGCCGCAGCUGAAGCCGCUCAACCUCCUCUACCUCCUGCACAGCGAGGGUGCCGCGCCGAGCAUCGUCUUCACGAAAUCGGUGGACGCAGCGUCGCGCCUGGUCCGCCUGCUAACGUACUUUGAGCAGGCGUACAUCGGGGGUAAGAAGUUGAGCGUCGCCUCGUUCACGCGCGACAUGAAGCCGUCAGAGCGCAAGACCAUGCUCUCCGACUUUGCGGCGGGCAAGCUCGACGUGCUCGUGUGCUCGGACCUGAUCUCGCGCGGUAUCGACCUGCCCUCCGUCGCGCACGUGGUGAGCUACGACGUCCCCCUCGACAUGACCAAGUACGUCCACCGCGCGGGACGCACGGCGCGUGCGGGCCGCGACGGAACAGUCUGGACCAUGGUCGAGAAGCAGGAGGCGAAGCACUUCAAGGACAUGCUCGCGGCCGCGGGCAAGAAGGUGCGCAAGCUCAAGGUGCGCGAGGAGCAGCUCGAGGGCUUCAAGGAGUCGUACGACAUUGCCAUGAAGCGUCUCCAGGCGGACUAUGGGCGCGACUAG